CAGGGGCUGCCUCUAGUACUGCCUGCACAGCGAGUCGCCCCGCCCUGGAGACAGCGGCUCAGAGAGGGCCCGUUCCCGCGAGCCAUAGUUGCAGAUGGAGCGAAGGUUCCCGGACUUCGGGUCUCCGCAGAUUGGGGCUGCGGGAGGGCUCGCCCACCCUGAUCCGGCGCUCUCAGGGCAGCUCCUUACGCGCCGCCGCCAAGGAAGGGCCCCGGGCGGGCCCCGGUUUGUUUGAGUCCGCGUCGCGGCUGCGGUCGCCACCAAUGGGUCGCGGCACACGCUCGCGGUCGCGCUCCACCGGUCGCAGGGGCAGAAAGCGGCGGAGCCGGAGCCGGAGCCGGAGCCGAAGUCGUAGCGGCAGCCGUGGGCGACGAAGCCACAGGUCCCGCGAGGACGAGGAGCGUCGCCGGCGGAGGCGGCGGAGCCGGGAGCGCAGGUCAGAUUCGGAGGAGGAGCGGUGGCAGCGGCCAGGAAGGCGCAGCUGGAGCCCCCCGCCACCCCGCUGGCGUUCCCGGAACCGGGGCAGGUCCUCACCAUCAGACUCUGGAGAGGAGCAAGCAUGGAGCCGCCACGGGUGCUGGCGCUCAUGGUCCCCGCGGUCCUCUGCGUCCAGCGCAGCCUCCCCAGGGCGCUCGCAGAGUCCCAGAGUGGCGGCGGCGGCGGCCCUGAGCCAGCAGCAGAGCCUGCAGGAGCGGCUGCGGCUGCGAGAGGAGCGGAAGCAGCAGGAGGAGCUGCUCAAGGCCUUCGAGACGCCCGAGGAGAAGCGAGCGCGGCGUCUGGCCAAGAAAGAGGCCAAGGAGCGCAAGAAGCGGGAGAAGAUGGGCUGGGGCGAGGAGUACAUGGGCUACACCAACACCGACAACCCCUUCGGCGACAACAACCUGCUGGGCACCUUUAUCUGGAACAAGGCCCUGGAGAAGAAGGGGAUCAGCCACCUAGAGGAGAAGGAGCUGAAAGAGCGGAACAAGAGGAUCCAGGAGGACAACCGGCUGGAGCUGCAGAAGGUGAAGCAGCUGCGGCUGGAGCGGGAGCGCGAGAAGGCCAUGCGGGAGCAGGAGCUGGAGAUGCUGCAGCGGGAGAAGGAGGCGGAGCACUUCAAGACCUGGGAGGAGCAGGAGGACCAUUUCCACCUGCAGCAGGCCAAGCUGCGCUCCAAGAUCCGCAUCCGGGAUGGGCGGGCCAAGCCCAUCGACCUGCUGGCCAAGUACAUCAGCGCCGAGGACGAUGACCUGGCUGUGGAGAUGCAUGAGCCGUACACCUUCCUCAACGGGCUCACCGUGGCCGACAUGGAGGACCUGCUGGAGGACAUCCAGGUAUACAUGGAGCUGGAGCAGGGCAAGAACGCAGACUUCUGGCGCGACAUGACCAUCAUCACCGAGGAUGAGAUCUCCAAGCUCCGCAAGCUGGAGGCCUCAGGCAAGGGCCCAGGCGAGCGCAGGGAAGGCGUGAAUGCCUCGGUCAGCUCGGACGUGCAGUCGGUGUUCAAGGGCAAGACCUACACGCAGCUGCAGGUCAUCUUCCAGGGCAUCGAGGGCAAGAUCCGGGCUGGCGGCCCCAACCUGGACAUGGGCUACUGGGAGAGCCUGCUGCAGCAGCUGCGUGCACACAUGGCCCGCGCCAGGCUCCGAGAGCGCCACCAGGAUGUGCUGCGGCAGAAGCUGUACAAGCUGAAGCAGGAGCAGGGCGUGGAAAGUGGGCCCCUGUUCCCCAUCCUCAAGCAGGAGCCGCCGUCCCCCAGCCAGAGCCUGGAGCCAGAGGAGCCUGAGCAGCCGCCCGCCGGGCCCUCGGUGGAGGGCGGCCCUGCAGAGGAGGAGGCGGCCCCCGGCGAGGGCGAAGGGGACGGCGAGGGCGAGGGCGAGGGCGAGGCGGUGCUCAUGGAGGAGGACCUGAUCCAGCAGAGCCUGGACGACUACGACGCGGGCAGGUACAGCCCGCGGCUGCUCACGGCGCACGAGCUGCCGCUGGACGCGCAUGUGCUGGAGCCGGACGAGGACCUGCAGCGCCUGCAGCUGUCACGGCAGCAGCUCCAGGUCACCGGGGACGCCAGCGAGAGCGCCGAGGACAUCUUCUUCCGGCGGGCCAAGGAGGGCAUGGGCCAGGACGAGGCGCAGUUCAGCGUGGAGCUGCCGCUCAGCAGCAAGGCCUACCUGUGGGCCGACAAGUACCGGCCGCGCAAGCCGCGCUUCUUCAACCGCGUGCACACGGGCUUCGAGUGGAACAAGUACAACCGGACGCACUAUGACUUUGACAACCCGCCGCCCAAGAUGGUGCAGGGCUACAAGUUCAACAUCUUCUACCCCGACCUCAUCGACAAGCGCUCCACGCCCGAGUACUUCCUGGAGGCCUGCACCGACAACAAGGACUUCGCCAUCCUGCGCUUCCACGCGGGCCCGCCCUACGAGGACAUCGCCUUCAAGAUCGUCAACCGCGAGUGGGAGUACUCCCACCGCCACGGCUUCCGCUGCCAGUUCGCCAACGGCAUCUUCCAGCUCUGGUUCCACUUCAAGCGCUACCGCUACCGCCGAUGACGGCGGGCAGGGGUGGCAUCUGCCCCCAGCUGGAGCUUCCCACCGGGCCCCCGUCUCCCCUUGCACAACACAGGGUCAAGCCAUAGAACCGGCCUUGGAGAACGGAGGGGACAGGGGGCGGCCUCAGCCUGCUGCGUGUUGGAAAGGACUGCCAGAGCGAGGGGUUUGGCAGUUGUCAACAGACUUCCCCAUCCAGGAGGCCCAGGGCCACCUACUCUCACCCCGGGAAUGUGCAGGGAAGAGUCAGACCUGGAUGCUGGCCCCUGGCCUCUGGACAAGGCAGCAGCGCACCGGGGCCCUGCCCUGAGCAGGCCGCUGUGCCGGGCCGCGGGAGGAGCAGCUAGCAGGGAGGAGGCCAUGUCCAGCCUGGCCCCUCCCAGAGCAUCGGUCAGCCAGGCAGGGCCACACAGGUGCCCACGGCCCUCCUCCUCCGUGCUGAGGUAUGGUGACAUCUGUGUCAUCGCAGUCCUCGGGGGACCUGAAGCGCUACUUCUUGGCUUGCCCGACACCAGCUGUCAUGACCGAGGGCUCCACCCAAGCCUCGUCUCAUCUGGAAAUCAUUUCAGUCUGUUUCUCUGGAAAACUUUUCUAAGUGGGAAUAAAAGCCUCGUUUUAUUUUU